CAUAUGUUAAAUUAUUUAUGUCGAUAAAAUACUGCGGCCAUGCAAACGGCGUCGAGCGGCGGGCCACGUGUGUUUUGAUCGGGUUGGUGCUCAUGUUAAGCUGCCAAGAUGCUUGUAUUGUUUGAAACCGCGGCGGGAUUUGCCAUAUUUAAGUUACUGGAUGAAAAGAAACUGCAGAAAGUGGAUAAUUUGUUUCAGGACUUUACAUCUACUGCAAAAGCAAGUAACGUAGUCCAACUCCAGGAAUUUCAGAAAUUUGCCGACUCAGCUGUUGCUUUGGAAGCUGGGGUAGCACUCAAUGAAGGAAAAAUAUGCAAACCAUUGAAAAAAAUAUUGAAGAAAGUUUAUUCAGAGGAAGUGCAGGAGCAGCUGUUGGUAUGGGAUGCCAAGCUAGGGAAUACAAUUAAGGACAAGAUGGGAGUGCAGUGUGUGUCCAACAACAAUGUUGCUGAGCUGAUGAGAUGCAUCAAGUCACAAGUGGAAGGUCUCAUUCCAGGUCUACAGUCAAAGGACCUGGCAGCUAUGUCCCUUGGGCUGGGCCACAAUUUGGCACGGUACAAGCUGAAAUUCUCUCCAGACAAGGUUGAUACCAUGGUUGUCCAGGCAAUUUCCCUCCUUGAUGACAUUGACAAGGAACUGAACAACUACACGAUGAGGACAAGGGAGUGGUACGGUUGGCAUUUUCCUGAACUAGGAAAAAUCCUUACUGAUAAUACUGCUUACAUCCGCACUGUUUUGAAAAUGGGCACACGAGAGAAAGCAGCGGCAUCAGACUUUUCAGAAAUAUUGUCUGAGGAAUUGGAGGAGAAAGUGAAGGAGGGAGCUGAAGUGUCUAUGGGUACUGAAAUAUCAGAAGAGGACAUAGCAAAUAUCAAGUGUUUAUGUGAACAGGUUCUGGAAUUAACAGAAUACAGAGAACAGCUUUACACCUACUUAAAGAACAGGAUGGUAGCCAUUGCACCCAAUGUAACCAUUCUGGUGGGAGAACUAGUUGGGGCUCGUCUCAUAGCCCAUGCAGGCUCCCUCAUUAACCUUGCCAAACACCCUGCUUCCACCAUCCAAAUUCUAGGAGCUGAAAAAGCUCUCUUCAGAGCUCUCAAGACAAGACAUGCCACCCCCAAGUAUGGUCUUCUGUAUCAUGCUACACUUGUUUCACAGACUAGUACCAAAAAUAAGGGUAAAAUGUCACGAAUGUUGGCCGCCAAGGCUGCUCUUGCUUGCCGUUAUGAUGCUCUUGGUGAAGAAACCACAACUGAUAUGGGCAUUGAGAACAGAUCCAAGCUGGCCUCAAGGAUCUCAAUGCUUGAGGAAGGCCAUUCCUUCAGGAUCUCUGGAAGGGGGAAAAGUCUUGCCAAGUUCUCUAAGUACCAAGGAGUUCAGGAGGUCCAACAGUAUCAUGCUGCUGCUGAUACCACCUUACCAAGCUCAUCAAAGCGGAAAUUUGACGAUGAUUUUGAAGAAGAACCUGCCAAGAUGAUAAAAGUAGAAGAUGAAACCCAAGAAGCUGCCCAGGAUAGCACUGGUACUGAAAAGAAAAAGAAGAAGAAGAAGAAGAUCAAACAAGAGGAAGAUGAAGAGGCAAGUGCAGAACAGCAGGUGGAGGUGAAAGAAGAGCCAGAGGCAAGUGCCAUGGAUGUUGAUCAGUCAGAGAAGAAGAAAAAGAAGAAGAAGAAGAAGAAGGAAGCAGAGAAUGCUGAAUAACAAGGGUAGUAUACCUUCAUUAAGUACUAAGUGAGUUCCUCAUGGAUUUAAAGGAGGGAAUUGUAAGGAGUAACUACUAAAGUGUUCAUUAUUGAUACCUAUUAUUAUUAUUAUUAUUAUUAUUAUUAUUAUUAUUAUUAUUAUUAUUAUUAUUAUGUGACUCAUUGUAUCACCAAUCAUUUUAUGAAUAUUUAUAUUUGAUGCCUGAUUUUCCAUCUUGUUUGCUAUUAAGGAAUGGCCACAUCAGAAGAUUCUUGAUUUAUUUCAAACUGCUGCUUCUGCUUCUAUACUCUAAUGAUUCUCCAUUUAUUUCAGACUUUGCAUUCUUUACUUACAUGUUAUAAUCCUGCCUUUUUUAUUGUAUUGAGAUAAUUUUUCCUUUCUUUUGACUUUUUUUUUUCUCCCACGUACUGCAAACUCUGGUCAUCUGUAAUCUUGAUGUUCUUUUAUUUUACUAAACCAUCUUAUGGUGCUUUAUUUUGAUUUAUAAAAAAUUCAACAUUUAAUUUCUCCACUGUUUCUUGACAUGCAAUAUUUGUUAUACUUAUUUGCCAUGAAACAUGUUUUCCCUCAUUUUGGUGCAAUCCUGAUAACUUGAAUAUGAGAAUAUUUUACCAAUACCUUAGAAUUGGGAUAAUUUCGGGUUCAGAUAUGUUUCUCCACGUCGUGGUAGGAAGGACAUGGUUUUGUCACACAGACUGGCCAAAUUGAAAUACACUGCCACUUUCUUCAAUGCUUCAAAAUUUGAGUGAAAGAGGCAGACAGGAAUAAGGUGACUGAGUAUGUCCUUCUUCGUGAAAUGUUAAUUCCUAAUAUGUAAUACGUGAAGUCUUGACCUUUCACAGAAAUACCAGUUUAAUAUAUAAAUACAUAGAUGAAAUAUUGUACAGUAUACAAAUGAACUUUCUGCAUAGGAAGGUAAGCAUUUGGAGUUAUAUUAUAAUAAACUUCAGUGUCAUUUCUUAAAAUUCCCUCUGUUCAAUAGGUUUGGAGUGAAGAAGGUGGAUGUACUUGCCAAGCACUUGUGUCUGGUUAGUACAGAUAGUAGAUAUUUGUCAUGCUAAUGGGAGAUUAAUAUUAUAUUUUUAACUGCUCCCUAACUUUGGUGAAUGGAAGCAGCUAAAUAUGUUUUUUUUUCCAGUUAUGUGAUAUGACUGCAUUUUAUAUUAUAACAAAUUACUUGAUAUUGAAAAGUACAAGAAACUUUUCUGUUAUUACAAAAAUAAAUUUCGUUUAUAUUACAA